UGUCUAUUUUAGCUGAGCUAACAUCGAAGAAGUAUAAUAUGUUUUUGCUCUACAUUUUUCUGUUGUUCAAUUGGUCCUCGGCAGCUGAAUUCACACCAGUGAUACAAACUACCAAAGGACCGAUGAAGGGUCUCGUUUUGACGACCAUCAGAGAAUCUAAGAAAUAUCAUUCCUACAGAGGUAUUCCUUACGGCAAACCACCAAUUGGACAUCUUCGAUUUAGAUCACCUGUCGAGGUAGAUCCAUGGACCAAAGAGUUCGAUGCCACAAAGAAUGGUCCUAUUUGUCCACAAAUGCAUAAUAACAAAUUCAUCGGGCAAGAGGAUUGUCUGAAUCUCAAUGUCUAUACGCCGGAGAUUCCUAAAGAUGGGAAAGACACUAAUCUCAAAGCUGUUAUGUUUUGGAUUUUCGGGGGAGCAUUCGUUGUUGGGGCACCUUCGAAAUUUUAUUACUCUCCUGAUUAUCUGAUUGAAGAGGACAUCGUAGUCGUCACUGUUAAUUACCGGUUAGGUGCUCUUGGAUUUUUAGCGUUGCAACAUCAAAAUGCAACUGGUAACGCAGGCCUAAAAGAUCAAAAUCUUGGUCUGCGAUGGGUUCGGGAUAAUAUAGCAAAAUUUGGUGGUGAUCCAAACAAGGUGACGAUAGUUGGUGAAAGUUCUGGUAGCGUUAGUGUAGAUCUUCAUUUACUUUCAGAAAAAUCGAAAGGUUUAUACCGUAGUUCAAUCGCUAUGAGUGGGGUAUCGUUAUGUUAUUGGGGAUUCAGUAUACCAAAAGAUGCAACAGAAAGAGCUUAGACAUUUGCUAAAGAACUUGGUUCCAAAGCAAUGAACGUUGAUGAGUUACUUGAUUUUUAUUAUAAAGUCGAUGUAGAAAAUUUGACUAGAACAAUUUCAAACACAACGAAACUGAAUAUUCCCUUGAAGCCAACUCUGGAAAAUCCAAAUUACGGUCCAGAUUGGUUCUUAACCGAAUGUUCAUUAAAGAAAUACAGAUCUGGAAAUUAUAAUCACGGACCUCAAAUGUUAGGCUAUACCAAAGACGAAGCU